AUGAAAUUAUAAAAAAAUGAUUUAAAUAUGAAACAAUCCAUCUCUCAUGCCAGCAAGUACAUCACCAGACAUUUCCACCUCUCUUCCACCUCCCCCUAUUCUCAAGUCAACCACAAGGAUCAAGAUUCGACAACUAGAUCGGCUCUUUUCCUGCAACAACAAGGUCCUCACUGUUUGUUCCUUGAAGAUCUGACGACGACGACGCCUCCAGAGCCUGAUUUUGUUAUUCCAGAAAGGUUGAGACAAGAUGGCAUACGCUGGUAUCCAUAUGUUCAUGGAGAAGCUGAACCAGGUCAUUAACUCCAAUGACAUCCCAUUCUUCAACAACCUAGAAAUUAUGUAUGCAAGGCCUCAAUUACAAGUUCUCCAUGAUGAGUUGGGCUCCAUGAUCCAAACCCUUUUCAUUGACCAAGAUCAAGACCUACAUCAUGAGCUCGAAAAAGUCAAUGAUCGGAAGAAAAAAUUCAAACGCGCAGCAGAAGAGGCCGAAUAUAUCGUCGAUCUCUUUCUAUCCGGUGUUUACAUUAGGAAUAUUACUGAAGAUUACCCUACACCUGAAGACUUAAAUAUCUCCUUAAAUCUUGAUGAUGUUAGGAGAUCUUUAAAGUCUGUUGAGAUAGAUUUCUUCAAUAUAAGAAUCGAUAGCAUGAAGAUGGAUUCAUCUCUAAGACCUAAAACAACGCUGGAUCAAUCUGCUGCUGGUCCGAGUUCCUUCAUCGGAAGCCAACAGGAAUCGAUGAAAUUAUUAAAUGAAAUCAUAGUGGGCUUUGAUCAUGAUGCUGAGCUGAUAAGAGACAAACUUGUGGAAGAUCAAAGGAGGCUAGAUAUUGUCUCUAUUGUUGGUAUGGGCGGAAUAGGAAAGACUACCCUUGCCACCAAAGUAUUUAAUGAUGGUUAUGUUAAGCAUCAUUUCCAUGUCCGUGUAUGGGUCACUGUUUCUCAAACAUAUGACAAGCGUGGUGUGUUGAUUCAGAUUCUUGAAUCCAUCCGUGCUCAACUAGAUCUUGAAAAGACCCAUGACUCUCGACUUCGUGAAUUGGUGCACAGACACCUAUUUGGUAAGAGAUACUUAAUUGUCAUUGAUGAUAUCUGGCACAAACAAACAUGGGAUAAGCUAAAAGUAUUUUUCCCCCAUGAUAACUCUGGAAGUCGAAUUCUGCUCACCAGUCGCCUCUAUGAAGUUGCUAAGCAUGCAAAUUCAGAUGGAUUGAUUCAUCACUUGGGAUAUUUGAACAAAGAAAAAAGUUGGGAGUUGUUGUGUGAGAUGGUGUUCCAUGGCAAAGAUUGCCCUGAAUGGUCGAUUAAACCUGGAAUGCAAAUAGUAGAAAACUGUCAAGGAUUACCACUUGCAGUGGUUGUCAUUGCAGGAGUUCUAGCAAAAGAAGCACAAAGUGAAAAUUUUUGGGUGGAAAUUGCAAAGCGAACUGGUUCGUACAUUGUUGGUGACCAGAACGGAUGCCUUGAAACAUUAGCUUUAAGUUACAAUCAUCUUCCUUUACACUUGAGAGAGUGUUUUCUUUAUCUUGGUGGCUUUCCGGAAGACUACAUGUUUCAAGUACAAAAGUUGAUUUGGCUAUGGGUGGCUGAGGGGUUUGUUCAACAAGCUGGAGAUAGAAGCUUGGAGGAUAUUGCAGAGAGCUAUCUGAUUGAUCUAAUCGACAGAAAUCUUGUAAUGGUAGCAGAUAGGAAGAAGUCGGAUGGAGCUGCCAGAACUUGUAAAGUGCAUGAUCUUGUCAGGGAGCUAUGUUUGAAAAAAGCCAAGGAAGAACAAUUAGAGAGGUAUAAAUCGUCCUCUAAUGUUAUUACACCACCAUAUACGCCAUAUCGUAUGUUCAUAGAAAAAGAUACAAACGAUCUGAGCUUUACUCAUUCGCCCUCCAAAACCCUUCGAUCUUUCUUGUGCUUCACAUUCUUGAGUUUUGACAUUGCAAAGUGUUUCUAUUCCUUUGUGCUACUUAGGGUGUUAGAUCUACAUAAGUGUGAAUUGAAUGAUUUUCCCAAAGGAAUGGAACUGUUAGUUCACUUGAGGUAUCUUGCAAUUUGGAAAGAAUCAGAAGGUUUCCCAACUUCAAUAUGCAACUUAUGGAACCUUCAAACCCUCAUUUAUAUUUCAAAACAUAGAUGUAUAGAUUUACCCGGUAACAUUUCAGAUUUGGUAAAUCUAAGGCAUUUGAGGACUUAUCAACCUUAUAAUAAGAGAACGAAGACGUCCUUUUUACUUCGUUCCAUUGAAAAACCAAUGAAUUUGCAAAGUAUUUCAGGUAUUGUGUUGGGAGAUGGGGUAGAUAAUUUUCAAAAGUGUUUUCCCUGCAUUAAGGAACUUACAUAUACUACUUACAGAAGAAAGCGUAAUGAAUUUAAAUCUCUCACCUACCUUGAAAAUCUCAAAGUAACUUGCUAUGGAGGUAUUCAUAUUACAUUCCCAACAUCAUUGAAAACACUUACACUAGAAAAGUGUUUUCUACCGUGGAGUGAUAUGUCAAUCAUUCAAUCGUUACCUAAUCUCCAGGUUCUCAAACUAAAAGAAGAUGCUUUUAAGGGAAGUUGCUGGAACACAAAUGAACAAGACUUCCCACAACUAAAAUUCUUGAGACUUGAGAAGUUAGAUAUCGAAGUGUGGGAAGCCUAUAGUGGAAGCUUCCCGUGUCUCCGACAAUUAGAAGUUAUCUGCAGAAAUCUUAAAGAGAUCCCCCUUGAAAUUGGGGACAUACCAACGCUUCAGCUUAUUAAAAUCUGGAAUGGUAACCACUCUAUUGGUCAAUCUGUUAGAAGAAUUCAAGAAGAGCAACGUGAUUUUGGAAACUAUGACCUAAAGAUUGAUGUCAAAAGGUUUUUUUGGUAGAAAGAUUUAAAUAUCAAUGAAUACAGCUGUCGAUUUUGGUCUUGGUUUAUCUGAAAGCAUGUAAGGGUUUUGUUUUGGGAGAAAUAUGUUAUGUUGGAAGAGACAUUGGAGCUCUGGUUACGAAGGGAAAUUAUCAAGAAUAAGCACCUUUGUCUAAAAAUUGUGUAAUUUAUUUUGUUAUUAUUUUGUGAGGAGAGACAAUUGAACUCUGGCUAUGAGGGUAAAUUAUUAAGAACAA